GAAAAUUAGGUGUCUGAAACUUUUCAGAGCAUGAUCUGAACAUAGAGAUUUCAGAUACAGGUGGAAGCCAUGAAGAGAGUACUGGAAAGUCUCAACCUUAAUAUAGUUGAGAUGGUGGAUGAAAACGCAACCUUGGAUGGUGGAGAUGUCUUAUUUACAGGCAGAGAAUUUUUCGUAGGUCUUUCCAGGCGGACAAAUCAACGUGGUGCAGAAAUUCUGGCUGACACAUUUAAGGAUUAUGCUGUCUCCACAGUCCCUGUUCAUGAUUCUUUGCAUCUGAAGAGUUUUUGCAGCAUGGCUGGACCAAACUUGAUUGCUAUUGGAUCAAGUGAAGCUGCACAGAAAGCCCUCAAGACCAUGCAGCAGAUGAGCGACCACCGCUACGACAAGCUGACAGUGCCUGACGACGCCGCGGCGAACUGCAUCUACCUGAACAUUCCCAGCAAAGGGCACGUGCUGCUGCACCGAGCCCCCGAGGAGUACCCAGAGAGUGCAAAGGUAUUUGAAAAGCUGAAGGACCACAUGCUGAUCCCAAUAGCCAACACAGAACUGGAGAAAGUAGAUGGGUCACUCACCUGUUGCUCUGUGCUUAUUAACAAAGCUUCAGAAUUAUGAGUUUACAGAAUCCCUCCCUUGUAACUGGCAAUAAUGUUACACACAAGGUAGACGAAUCUGUAUCCACACUUUUAUUGUUUUUAUUGACAAUCUACUGUACCACUGUGCUACUAACCCUGGUUUACAAAUUUUUUGCAUUGUGAAUUUUUAUUAUGUCCUUGCAGAUGGUAUUUAAGGUGGAUGUAGGGUUUGUUGGGAGCACAUAACUCUGAAGUAAGUUAGUCCCAUGGGCUAGCAGAAGACAAUUAUAAUGGCUAACCCUUAGCUGUAGUGAUUUAACAUAUCAUUGUGAAAAUUUUAUGAAACUCAGCUAAUUCUCAGUAUUUCAAGCACCUCUGUUGUCUUUACACUGUUCCCUCCUGUCUUCUUUUCUCUUGCUUCCUUCCUCUACAUGUUUUUUUCCUUCCUCAGUCUUCAGCUUUCAGUGGUGCAAAGUAUUAGGGGGGACUGAAGAAAACUCAGUGGGCUUAAGAACCAUGUACCUUUUGUGAUAUGAAAGCUUUCCAUGCACUAGCUGGAAGAGUGGGCAAUGGAUUGUGCUCACUGUCCUGGCCACAUCCCAGUGCUGCUGCUGGGCAGAGUUGUGGCUGGGAUCCAUUUCAGACAUCAGGUGCCAGCUUUGGAAAUGCUUCCUCUGAUGGGAGCCUUCAAGGGCAAUGGAAAACUGGGAAACUUGCAUGACAGAAGAAGAGAAUAGUGCAGCCACACAAGUUGUCUCCUGCACAUUCAGGUCCCAGUUUCCUGCUAAGACCGUGACUUUCAAAGUGGUGAGAAUGGGAGAGGAGUUUUUAAAAAGGCCAGAUCCUACGAAGCCUCUGGACCACAAAAAUUAAAUGCGGAGAUGCAAAAGAAAUCUAAAGUAUGGGGGAGUUAAAUCUCUUUGUUUGCAUCUUAAAGUUUGUUUCUCGUUUCUGUUUUCUCCUCUUUUGGAGGCCACUUACUAACCAAAUUCAAAAGAAAAGGCUGAUAGAAGAAGUUGAAGGACAGCUAUUCCUGGAUUAUGCCCGUGAAUAAGGGAAGCUAUUUUUCCCUGGAAGAUUGUCAUUUUUUCUUUAUCUGCCCUUGGGACAGUUUUCCUUGGAACAAUAACCAUCUUAUAUUUUUUUAGUGGCAUGAAUAUUCACUGUGGUAUUCAGUUAAGGCAAAUAUAAUUUUUGUAGCAAAUUCCUCAACAUGUUUACCCAUUGAGUCAUAGCUGCUUUUUUUUUUUCACCACUGCAAAGUGAAGCACACACCAUUGUAUUCACAUGCUUCUUGUUAAAUCAUUUGUAAACUAAGGAUGGGAGCAAUUCCCAAACAGAGGCAGUAGUGGGAACUCUCCAGAGACUGACAAAUAGUCUGAACAUGUUAUCAGUUUCCUAGACAUCUCCUCCACCUUUCCUGAACCACUUGUGGCAUGUUGCUGAGGUACAGUAGGAAGUGAGUGAGGGGGCUUGGCCAAUGUGGUCUGCAGGAAAGCAAACAGUAUUAACCAAAUGCCCACUGGGAUAUCCUGUGGAAACCUGCAUGCUGUUUUGUGCAGUCAUAAGGAAGGAAACACCAGUACUCAUACUUGUAGGUUCUCUCUGGCAUAUCUCAGUGGUAAUGAGAGGAAAAGCCCCUGGCAGCUGCCAGAGUCCACCUGAUGUUCGUGGGUGCACUGUUUGUUGUGAUGACACCAGGUAUCAUGGGGAAGAGAGCAGUGAUGAGUGAAUACAUUGUAUGUGAAAAGAGCGUGGCCCAAAGGAAAUUCUUCAGCCAGCCAAACAGCACAUGGGGAGUUUUUCUAUUUAUGACUCUUCUGUCCCAAAGGGUUAUCCUAAUGUUUCCCCUUUGUCUCUUCCAUUCCUGUGCACCAUCAUUUAAACCUGAGCCAGGUGAUCAGGCUCUAAGGAUGUAAAUGUUGUAGUGGGGAAUCUUUCUCUGCCUUCCCUUGGUGCUUUUUAAAUAUUUGAUAAAGUAUCACACAUUUCAAAACAACUUGACAUUAAACAGAGAUUUUGUGCCAAGAAGUGGCCCUGCAGUAUUGAGCUGUGAGCUCCUAAAGGCAAGCUGCACUUUGUUAAAAGCCUGUGCAGCUGUGGGAGCUGUCAAAGAUGAAACAGCCCCCCCAUCCCAACUUGUCCAUGUACCUCCUGGGGCCUGGCCCCCAUCCAUGUCCUUCAUCCCUCUUCCCUCUUCUUGCUGGGGAGCCAGAGCAUCCAGCUACACUGGGAGUGUUAGGCUGUAGGAUCUCUAUUUUAUCACUAAAUAUUUCUGUAGUGUUGGUUUUUUGGUAUUUUUCUUCUUCCACCCUCUCUCACGUCUCACCUCUCUCCUUCCUCAGACUCUCUAGUUUGCUCAUCAGGGCACACCUUUUAAUCCCAAGUGAUUUUGCCUUCUGUUGCCUCAGUUCUUUCUUGAGACUUUUUCUUCACUUCUUCACUGUUCACAGUAUCCCAAGCCAUGAUGGACUAUCCUAAAUUCACUCCCUCCUUGAGCAGCUGCCAGGAGAGAGGAAAAACUGAGGGGUUUGCUUUGGGUCUUUUGAGCUGGAAGGAUGACAGCCAGCAGGAGCUGAAGAUCCACAGAGUAACAAUGGUGACUCCUCUUUUUAAGAAUCCUCU